UCGGGAGAGUCGACAUUUUGUUAGCUCCUUAGCAAAAUAAACAGUCGAAGGUUGUCUUAGAGCGACUUGGUUGUAAUAAACGUUGCUCUCUGUCUGCCUGACCGUUACCGGGUGUCAUCAUGUGGUAUGAGAUCCUGCCGGGCUUCGCCGUCAUGACCGUGUGUCUGAUCAUUCCCGGCGUUGCCACCGCACAGAUCCACAAGUUCACCAACGGAGGAAAGGAGAAGAGGAUCGCUCGGUUUCCUUGGCAGUGGUAUCUGAUGGAGAGAGACAAGCGAGUGUCAGGAUCAGGGCAGUAUUAUGACUCCAAGGGACUCGAGAACAUCCACUGAUGAACAGAACUAUGGAGAUCCUGACAAGAAGAAGUUGGACAUUAAAGGAUUAUAUUUAACAUUCAGCUGUUUGUAUUUUUUUCAGUCUUUUCAGACAGUCUAUUAAACUAUUCCCAACUGGAAA